AUGUCCCAGUGCGGCUCCGGCCUGGCCAUGUUCAGCAGCGGCAUGGGGAAACUGCAGCAACAGCUGUACAAGGGGGAGUACGACAUUUUCAAGCACUCGCAGGUGUUUGAGGGCGACUUCAUCCAGACCACCAAGAGGGGAGAAGUGAUCGACGUGCACAACCACGUCCGCGUGGUGACCGUGGGCAUCACCUCCACCAGCCCCAUCCUCCCCCUGCCGGACAUCAUGCUGCUGGCCCGCCCGGCACCCGGCUCUGAGGAGCACGCGGGGCGCGGCAAGGGCCCCAGGGGAAAAGGCCACAAGGCCUCGAAAACCUUAGAGCUCACCAGGCUGCUUCCCUUGAAGUUCGUGCGCAUGUCCGUCCACGACCGUGAGAAAAAACAGCUGCGCCUGAAGUUCCCCACUGGCCGCUCCUGCUACCUGCAGCUCUGCACCCCUGUGGGUGCUCGGGAAGACCUCUUUGCCUGUUGGGAAAACCUGGUUUACCUCCUGCGACCACCAAUGGACAGUAACCGCGGUCCCUGCGCCACCCUAGCUGGGGACAGGACACGCGCGCCCGCGUUCAAGGGAGAGACCAGGAAGAGCCUGGCGGCGGCCGAUGUCCCAGGGAAAGAGCAUCAGGACCAGGGCAGCACAGGAAGCUUCUACAUGGUCUCUGAGAUGCUUGGAGCCACCUCUGAAGCUUUUGCUGGGGGGCAGGGAAUCCAACAUGACUCCCAUGGGUGCGCGGCCAUGCCUGAUGCAGCCGCCCCAGACACCAAACCUGCAGAGCCUGACACAGUGUCAGCGGCUGGGGCGGCAGCAGGCACCACGGCAGGCGCUUCGGGCACAGCGAUAACCGAGGCUGCUGCCCCUGAACAACUAAGUGUGGCCCUAGCUGGGGCAGCCACCCGGGAUCCAGGAGGAAGCAGAACCAGCAUAGCCACUGCAGGCGUUGCCAACACGUCGUCCCCCAAGAGCAUUAAAAUGGCCUGGGCCGGUGCUGCAAACUGGCCCUCAGAGAGUGCUGCCAGCACCAGCCCCUCCUCAGAGACCAGCCUGAUUGCUGCAAUGGCAAAAGCAGAACCUGCCAGCGAGGCUGCUGGAGAAACAACUAACGAGCGUGCCACAGGACCUCUCCUCUCGAGCUUGCCCAGGGAAGGUGAUGUGAGUGAAGGGGCCGGAAGGCAGCAGCAAGGGCCCGCAGCCAGGGCCGAAGCCCCAAAGAGCAGAAGGGAUGGGAGGGAGCAAAGGCAAAGGGAGAGAGCUCUCAGGAGCCUCCACAAGCCGGGCGGUGACAAGAUACUCCGAAAACCAUCUGGUCGGUCCUUAGCCAGGCAGAGGAAUGACAAGAAGGAGAAAGGCGGUGCCGGCCCGAGGGGCAGCAGGCCUGUCCCCAAGGACUCCAGGACCUCUCUCAAAUCGGGGAGGAGCUUGUCUGCAGGUAGUUCGGCUUCCACAGCCCAGAGGCUCAGCAGGAUCAGCUCUUUCCUGAGGACCAUGAAAGCCAAUCUCACUACGAAAACAGCGGCCACGCCACGUGGGAAGGAUGCGGACAAUUCGACUAAGACAGUGGAGAGGAACACAGAAGCCGUCACAGAGCUAGGAGAGCAUGGGCCGGGGCUGGAGGGGAUUGACAGGGUGGCACCUGAGGUCAUGGAUACCUGUGAUCUUUGA